AUGGAGCGUGCUAGUGAAAGCAUCCAUCAACUGAAAUAUGCUUUGAAGGAAGGGCAAUUUGCAAGGGGUGAAGCUGGAUUUGACCAGUCCUCUGUGGACGAGGGCAGUGACGAUGUGGACAGGAGUAAUGACAGUGGGAAUGCAGCUUGGCAGGAACUGCAGUACAGUCAUGCGGUUAAUCAACUUAAAAUUUUGUUGGAACAUGAAGAAAGAAUGGAAAGUGAAGUCUCUCCAUCAAGGAGGAAGAUGUCGCUCUGUAAACCCCCAGAAGCUGCUACUGGAGACUUACCAGCCAUUUCUGAUCUCGUUCCUAUAAUCAAUGAUCAGUCACAGUACAUUAACCAUUUAGAAGCAGAAGUGAAGUUUUGCAAGGAGGAAUUGGGUGGGAUGAAAGAUCGAAUAAAAGUAGUUGUACUUGAAAAUGAGGAACUCCAGCAGAAACUGAAAUUCUUAACUGCGGAACAUACGUUGAGAGAACAAACUCUUCUAGAUGCCUCGGCAAAUACUCCAAAAUCCUGGCCUCUACGUAGUAAUGACUGUAGCAUGCAUCAGCCUGUCACAUCAUCACCAGCACCCAACAAAGAUCAGGCUUUUGCUACAGCAGCUGUUGAAGAAAUAAUAAAAUGGCCUAUAGAACUGGAGAAGCUAAAACGUCUUUAUCAAGAAAAUGUCGAUGUCCUUGAUGCUCAAAUACAGUCUCUAAGAAAAGACCUUUCAGAAUCUCGGAAGACGUGUAAAGAUUUGGAAGGAAGGCUAAAACACCAAAGGUCCCUAGUUUCAGCCAUGAAUUCUAGCCGGGUUGGUGGCCUGUGUCUGAAAUGUGCACAGGAUGAGGCAGUUCUUGCACAGACUCAUUCUAAUGUUCACAUGCAGACCAUUGAGAGGAUAACAAAAGAACGAGAUGACUUGAUGGAUGCACUUGUUUCACUGAGACAAAACAUGAAAGAGAUGCAGCAAAGAGAAUCUAAUGCUGUUGAACAAGUUAAACAAGCUGUGCAAAUGGCAGAAGAGGCCAAUUUAGAAAAAACAAAGGCUCUAGUCCAGUGUGAGCAGCUGAAAAGUGAGAUGGAACAUCAGAAGAAUCGUCUUGAAAGGGAGGUAGCUGCUGAGAUAAAGAAAAGAACUGAUGAAAAAGAAGCACUGCGGGAAGAAAUGAAGAAGGAAAGGGAGGACUUGGCAGCAAUGGUGGUGGCCAUGUCUGAGAAUGUGGCCAUGCUGGAGGCUCAGGUAGAGAGAAUUACAAAGGAAAAGAACUCUCUAGUUAACCAGUUAGAAGAAUCACAACAUCAGCUUGCAUCUCAUGAAAUGGACAUGAAUAAGGUGUGUGGAGAAAUGCGCUAUCAGUUGAAUCAAACCAAAAUGAAGACGGAUGAGGCAGAAAAGGAGCUCAGAGAGUACAGAACAAAAACUAUAAGGGAGCUUGAAAUUAAGGACCAGGAAAUAGAAAAACUAGGAUUAGAGCUGAAUGGAAACAAACAGCGCUUGGAACAAGCCCAGCAGGAUGUGACAAGAGCCAGAGAGGAGUGCCUAAAACUGACAGAACUGCUGAGUAAAUCUGAGCACCAACUGCACCUCACCAGAUUGGAGAGAGAGAGCAUUCAGCAGAGCGUUAGCAAUGAAGCAAAGGCCCAAGCCCUUCAGGCCCAGCAAAGAGAGCAGGAGCUGACACAGAAGAUGCAGCAAAUGGAGGCCCAGCAUGAGAAAACUGUAAAUGAACUGGAUUCGUUGCUGAGCUCCCAGAAUACAUUCAUAGCAAAAUUAAAGGAAGAAUGUUGUAUGUUGGCAAAGAAGUUGGAACAAAUGUCAGAAAAAUACAGAUCUGAAGUCAACCAGCUUAGUCAGGAAAAAGCAUAUCUUCAUGGCAGAUUGGAGAAGAUGCAGAAACGGAAUGAUGAAUUGGACCAACAAUGUAUUCAGCAUGGGAGAAUGCAUGAGAGAAUGAAGUCGAGGUUACAGCAGCUUGACAAGCACUGCCAGGCCACUGCCCGGCAGUUAGCGGAGUUGCUCAACAAGCAGAAUCAGCUCUUCAAAGAGAAGCAGCUGCUUACAGAAGAGGUGCAGUUUCUGCGAACACAGGAAAGAAAAUGGGAUGCAGAUCUCAAACAGGACACAGAUGGAAUCAAGUAAAAACCUGGAUGGAUGAAGAGAAAUGAGCAGAA